UCUCCAAACAGACGACCACGUGGUUGCUUUCUUCACUCUGUACGCCGAACACGUCUAAUCGGAGGCGGAAGGUGUGAAACGGCGGGAACAACAAAGGGAGAAAUGGCGGGAAGGCGAGAUGAAGAUAUGGCGGGAGAUCCAUGGGUAUGCUCCAGUAGGGUUCUAUAUAAAUGUACGUGGGUGAAGUUCUUCAACAGGUAUGGGUUCUGCACUUUACUUUGACAUAAAUGUACACUUUGAUGGAAAAGUUUCAAGGAUAAAAAACAUUGAACCCCAUAAAUAUGGUUACAUGGACUUGCUGGAUGAUGUCUCCUCUAGGUCAUUUAAUCACUUACCAUCUGACAGGGGUUUUACCAUCAAAAUGUAUGGUUACAAACCUGGAACUAAUGAGAGAAUGGAUGUGAGUUCUGACUUAGAUGUCAUUGAAAUGUUUGGGUUCUACUGUAAUGUUUGUGUACUUGACCUGCAUGUAGAGGUGUGUGAUGUGGAAGGUCCUACAUUUCCUUACAUUCCAUCUACAACUGAUACAACACUUUCAUUUCCCUCAGUUUCUACAAAUCCACAUGAAUGUGUAAAUGUUGAGGAUGAUAGCAGUGAUCAUGAGUGGUCUGAAAACAGUCUAGAUAUAAGUGAUAAGGAAGUGGAAUGGGAUGAUGAGAGUAGUGAGGAGUUUAUUGGGUAUGGGUUUGAGGAAGACAUAGAGGUCAGUAGUGAUGGAAUGUCUAAGUAUAGUUCGAGUGAUGAUGGUGGUAAGGAGUCUAGUAGUGAUUCUGAUAUAAUAACGUAUGGCCCUACUUUUCAGCCCUUUGAUCCUACCAAAUGUGGAGAAGAGUUUCAGGUAGAUGCUAGGGGGAAAAUUAGGCUUGCUGCAGGUCUACUUUUUGGGAAUGCUACCAAAUUUAGAGAAGUUUUAAAAGAGUUUACCAUUCAAGAGGGUUGCAAAAUAGUGAGGGAAAAAAAUGAAAAAACUAGGAUCACAUGUAGGUGUGCUGUUGUGGGUUGUAAAUGGAGGAUUCAUGCAUCACCUUUGGCUGAUGGUGUCACUUUUAAGAUAAAGACAUAUAAGGAAGAGCAUACUUGUAUAAGUGAAACUAGUAAUUUUGAGGCAAAUUCAACCUGGAUUGCAAAAAAGAUGGCGAAUGAAUUAAGGGCAAAUCCGAACAUGUCCUUAGACUGUAUGCAAGUUUUGCUUCACCAAAAAUAUGGUAUUGAAGCUUCUAGAAUUCAACUUUAUAGGGCAAAGAGAAAGGCCUUAGAGGUUAUUGAGGGUAAUCACAGUGAUUCAUACCCACUGUUGACCACAUAUGCCUCAGAGGUUAGGAAGAGUAACCCAAGGAGUCUUGUGAAGAUUCAAUGUGACAGAUUGACAGAAACUCAUAAUCCUGUGUUCAAGAGGUAUUUCAUUUGUUUUGAGGCCAUGCGAACUGGAUUCAUGGAAGGUUGUAGGCCUUUUAUUGGAAUUGAUGGUUGUCACUUAAAAGGCCCAUUUGGUGGUGUGCUUUUGGCUGCCGUAGCUCUAGAUGGGAAUAAUGGUUUGUUCCCCAUAGCAGUGGGUGUGGUGGAAAGUGAAGGGAGAGACAGCUGGGCAUUCUUCAUAGACCACUUGCACACAGUCAUUGGUGCAGGUACUCAUGCAAGGGCUUGGACAUUUAUGUCAGACCAACAAAAGGGUUUGGACAAAGUCAUAGCUGAAAUGGUACCAGAGGCAACUCACAGAACCUGUGCUAGACAUCUCUUCAAUAACUUCAAGAAGAAGCACCCAGGUGGUGAUAUUGUGGAACCUCCACCUUUAAGGAGAUUGCCUGGUAGGCCAAAAAAGAGCAGAAGAAGGGAUGUUGAUGAGCCAGAGGCAGGCACAAGUCAGUCUAGAAGGUCACAGACAGUCAAGUGUUCAAUUUGUCUGGAGUUUGGUCAUAAUAAAAGGUCUUGCCAAAGAGCUCCAGUGAGAAGAAGGAUUGCUUCCAGGAUUGAAGCCACACCAACUGCAGCUGAGCAAGCAACACCCAAUCCACCACAGGGAUUGUCACAAGCUGAAGGGUGUACUCCUGUUUCCUCUGUGGGAGUUUCUCAGAGAGUCAGAGGAAGAGGAAGAGGAGUGGUCUUGAGCAGGGGAAGAGGAAAAGCUACGGUACUUGGCAAAGGAAGGGGAAGAUCAAGGGGCAGGGGCAGGGGCAACAACAACAAAUUGCAACUGAAGUGAAACUGAGGUGGUUUUGGUCAUGAAGUCCUCUUUUAUCUACUUCUAUAUAUUAGCUGUGGUUAUAUAUGUGUGCUCACACCUUUUGUCUUUUGUUGGGUGAGCACUAAGUAAAUGUUAAAGGUCAUACCUUUUGUUUCUUCUUGGGUGACCAGCUGUAAUGCUCACACCUUUUGUUUUUUGUUGGGUGAGUUGCUAUUAGCCUAUUAGAUUAGUCAUGUUCUGUUCUUUCAUGUUAUCUUGCACUAUGUUGAACUUGGUCAUGCAGUUAAAAGGGCAAGCACUAGGCCUUUUGUAGCUUGCUCAUUUAACUCUUUUGUAUGUGUCCAAUGAGACUUUUGUCUGGUAUAUGUAAUAUGUGGCACAAUGAUCA